AUGCGACAAACCUCCAUAGAAGUGGAAGGCCGCAUAGCAGGGAACAAGGCACCUAUCAACCAGCUUUGGACUGAGACCUCGAGCGCAGCCCUGCAAGAGCUGGAAGAAGCAAUCAACAGCAUGCGUGGCGGCAUUGCAACCAUCCGGUCAUGGUGUGACAGGAUGAGUGGGAAACUGGAUGAGGUUGAAGGGAAGCUGGCCCAAAACAAGAAACGGAAAUCCAUUUGGCAGCAGGAAGAUUCGCCAAAUACUGAACAAGUUGUUGAUCUCACUGAGACAAGUGGAGAAGACGUGCUGGCCAUGCUAAAAUCAGCAAAGGGGAAGGACAAGGCACACCAAAGGGAGAGGGAGGUUGUGGUCAAUGCCACGCCCAUCAGGAAAGAUGCGUGGCUUCAACCAAGGCUUAAGGCUUCUUUGGCAGAGUUUGAACAAAGGUCCUGCGACAAUACGCUGAAAUGGAUCAACCACAUGGCAACAAAACAAGAACUUAGCAGCAUUUGGGUCGACGUCAAGGGGAGGCUGCCAGUUAAAAUCACUGGAAACCAGAUUAAGCAGGGGAUCCUUAAACCGGUCGAGAUUGACAGCUUCAUUUUGGGAGGUACUAUCCGCUUGCUCAGGGAAUUCGAGAGGAACAUGAUGGCCCACAGAGCCAAUAUCGCUGCAAGGCACUACAUCCCGCCCGAAUGGACUUCAUAUGUAACACAGCCAAACUACGAAGGCCACAUGUCCCUGCAGUACUUCAAAAGCAGCCCUAUAGGAUAUGAUCUAAGCACAUGCACACUACUACUGGCACCCGUUCGCAUCGGCCAAGGCUGGUCAUGCUACGCCGUCAACAUCGCAAGCAGGACCCUCACCGUGAUGGACCCUUUGCUUAAGGAAGAAGGGGGGACCAUCAGCACCCAGUGGCAUGAGAUGACAGCUAGGAAGGUGCUCCAAGAAGCAAUGAGAUGCUUCGACUGCGUCAGGGGGGUCGCAACCGAAGAAAACAACAGGUGGAAAGUAACCAUACAAAUGAUGCCAGAAGAAAAGUGCUCGGUGUAA